AUGUCCGCUGAAAAGAGAGUUGAAGCAGAUGCUGCUGAGUUACUUUCUUCACUUUCCUUGGGAGAGAGUCCUGCAGAAAAAAAAGAUGAAAAGACUGAAGAAGUGAAGAAAGAAGAAGCUAAGUCUGAAGAACUCAACAAGGUUGUAGAGAAGACGGAAGAAAAGGUCAAGGAGGCAAAUGCAGAGGACGCUAAGCCCGAAGAGCUCAAGGAGGUUGGCAAGGAAGAAAAUGAAGAACCAAAAACUAACUUGAUCCAAUCGACUUAUGAAGUAAAAGUCAAAUUGGCUGACAUACAAGCAGAUCCCAAUUCUCCAUUGUUUUCAGUAAAAUCCUUUGAAGAGUUGGGUUUGACUCCAGAAUUGUUAAAGGGGUUGUAUGCCAUGAAAUUCAACAAGCCCUCCAAAAUUCAAGAAAAAGCAUUGCCGUUAUUAAUCUCCAAUCCUCCCAGAAAUAUGAUUGGUCAAUCCCAAUCAGGUACUGGUAAGACUGCCGCUUUUUCGUUGACUAUGUUGUCCAGAGUGGAUCCCAAGGUGCCUCUGACACAGUGUCUCUGCUUGGCUCCUACGAGAGAGUUGGCCAGACAAACUUUGGAAGUAAUUUCUACUAUGGGAAAAUUCACCAACAUCACCACGCAGCUUAUUGUACCAGAUGCUUUACCGAGAGGUCUGUCCACCAAUGCCCAUAUUAUAGUAGGUACACCUGGUAUUGUGAUGGAUUUGAUUAGAAGGAAGCAAAUCAACGUUAACGGAGUAAAGGUUUUUGUCUUAGACGAAGCUGAUAACAUGUUGGAUGCUCAAGGAUUAGGUGAUCAGUGUGUUCGUGUCAAGAGAACAUUGCCGAAGACGACCCAAUUGGUUUUGUUCUCUGCUACUUUCCCUACUAAAGUUCGUCAGUACGCUGAAAAGUUUGUGCCCAACGCCAAUUCGUUAGAGUUAAAGCAAGAAGAGUUAAAUGUAGACGGAAUCAAGCAGUUGUACAUGGACUGUGACUCGGAAAAGCACAAGUUCGAAGUUUUGUGUGAGUUGUAUGGUUUGUUAACUAUUGGUUCUUCUAUCAUUUUUGUAGAGAGAAAAGAUACUGCCAACUUGUUGUAUGCCAAGAUGAAAGCUGAGGGUCAUGCUUGUUCCAUUUUACAUGGUGGUUUAGAGACUAGCGAAAGAGAUAGGUUGAUCGAUGAUUUCCGUGAAGGAAGAUCCAAGGUUUUGAUAACAACCAACGUCUUAGCCAGAGGAAUAGAUAUCGCUUCUGUUUCCAUGGUGGUUAACUAUGACUUGCCCACCGACAAGGACGGCAACGCUGAUCCAUCCACUUAUUUGCAUAGAAUUGGUAGAACUGGUAGAUUUGGUAGAGUCGGUGUUUCCAUUUCCUUCAUAUACGACAAGAGAUCAUACGAGAUCUUGAUGAAGAUCAAAGACUACUUCGGCAAUGUGGAAAUGACCAGAGUCCCUACCGAUGAUUGGGAUGAAGUUGAAAAGAUUGUCAAGAAGGUUAUCAAGAGCUGA